AUGGGUUGCACAAGUUCGAAAGAAAAUUCAAAUUCAUCAACAACAACAACCGCUAUAUCUGAUAAUAAUCAACAAUUAAUUAAUGAUCAUUUUCGUACAUGGUUAAAAUCUAAUCGACCAAAAGCUGAUGAAUAUGUACUUAAUGAUAUUAUUUCAACAGUACAACAACAAUCAAAUGACAUUGAUGAUUACCGUACAAUAGUUAGUAAAACAUUAGAUCUAAUUUCUGAACGUCAUGAUAUAAAAACAACAAAUAAAUUAAGUAAACUUGUACAAAAAGAAAUUUCAUUGGCAUCGCCAAAAAAAAUUGCAUAUACAAUUGAUGUUCUAAAACAAACAGCAGAAAAAUUACGUCAUGGACAGAUGAUACUUGAUAAUAAUCAACAACAACCGAUAACAACUAAUGGCGAAAUAACUAAUGAUACCAAUAUAUCUGAAAAUAAACAUAGUCAAAUAUUAUCAUCAGCAGAACCCGGUAUUAAUUUAAAAGAAGCUUUAGAAAAAGCACGAAUUUUAUUUUAUAAGGGUAAACAAGCUGCUAUAUUUGCUAAUCCAAGUGGUGGUUAUAUUGUAAAAAUUAUUGAUGAAAAUGAUGAUGCUCUUAAACAAGAUGGAAAUCUUCUUCGUUCAAUUAUUGUUACAGAAGUUAAAAUGCGUCCAAAAAUAGCAAUAACAAAUUUAUCACAAAUUUCUACAACACCACAACCACCACCACCGCCAUCAUCAAAAUUACUUGAUGAAUUUGAAAUUGGUGAUGAUUUUCGUCGUUCAAUUGAUGCUGCUCUCAAAGGACUUGAAGCUAUUUAUCAAACAUCAGCACCUGUAUCAUCUCAACGUACACAAGAUAUUCAUACUAAUAAAAUAUUAUUAUCAUCAUCAAAUGUAAGAAAAUCAACAUCAGAAGAUAAUAAAAAUAAUUUAAAUGAAAUAGAUCAUCAAAAAAAAGUAAUGAAAAAUAUUCAUGAUGAAGAAAAGAAAAAUAUUAGCGAAAUUGAUAUUCAACCAAGACUUGUUAAUGCUAUUGAUGAUAUGAAUGAAAUAAUGUUAGAUAUUAUUGAAACAGCGAGUGAAAGUGAAAUUGGUAAUCCAAUAUCAUCAACAUCUAUUGAUACAGUAGAAAAAACAAAUAAUGUUGAACGUAUUGUUAAAGCCGUCAAAGAACAUGGAGAAAUACAUGAAUCCAAAGAAAGUCUUCCAACAAAACAACAUUCAUCUUAUCCACUUGGUCUUACAUCAACCUUACAAAACGAAGAAUCACCAACAUCAUCAAUCCUUCAACAACAAACACAAUUAAGUGAUGACAAUCAUUCACAAUCUUUCAUUGCUAAUGAAGAAAAACUUGAUAACGAUGAAUAUAAUCUCAAUCAACAAAAAUCACUUGAUGAAUUAGCACAAACAGACUUAACAAAUACAAAUUUAGUAACACCAAAACUAGAUCUGUCGACAUUGUCGGAUAAAAUCGAAAAAGAACCAAUAAUAAACAAUGAAUCAUCACCGAAAACACCAAUAUCAACUAGUCCAAUAAUUGAAGAUUAUACUAAAAUUCUUUCCGAAUCAUCAUCAUCAUCACCACCAAUUGUCUCAUUUACUGACACGAAUACACCUAUUAAAUCACCAAGUCAUAAUGUAACUUAUACAGAAAUAAUUCAUUCUGAGUCACGUGAUGGUGAACAAUCACGUCGUUUUAUAACAGAAUCAUAUGAUGAUCAUCCAUCAAAAAAUGAUGAUGAAACAACAACACUUAAAGUUGUUACAAAAUCUGAAUUUUCAAAUCAUCCAACAUUAGGUGAAAAAAUUAUGGAACAAAGUGUUCAAGUUAUAACUGUUAAAGUACGAAAUGAAACAAUAACAACAAGAAAUUCAUCACAAACACCCGACAAUGAUAUUACUUAUGAUAAACAAUCUAUUAAAAAUGAUACUAAUACAAUUGACAUGACUAUUUAA